AUGUACAUUAACAUUCCACUUCCAAAGACCCGAGCACUGACGCCACAACACCAGCCUACAACUGUCAGCGACACGCCCAUCUAUCGGGUAGUUGGUUUAGGGGGAAGUACACUGCCAUUACUCCUUUUUGAGACGCAGAUGACUUUCAGCGCGAAGCCUGCAGCACCACCUAUGAAUGGGAGGACCAACCAAGGCUCGCUCUUUACGGUGGGGCUGGUGUCCACGCCGGCUCCGCAGCACCUUUCGUCCACCACAGAGACGCAGCCGGCUUUCUCAGGCACAUUCAUGACCACGCCACUGCAACACCUAGACUACACGCUAGCCAGCAUCUCGCCAGGUUACCGCUCACCACCACCACAAUCGCAUGAUUCUUCCGACAACAACACUUCUACCUCCGUCUUGUCCACUUCCAACUUCACCACUGCCUCUUCCAUCACCUCACACGGUCCGACCGCGACCAUCUACACCACGUACAACCCGAGCAUGAACAAAUACAGCACCCACACCCCCAGCACCAGCACUUUCCAGGCCCAGAACACGCCCUCUAACAUUAAUUUCAUCUCCCGGACUCCCACUACUACUGCCACUUACACUUCCCGCUCUCAGGUUUAUACGCUGACUUCUCCUCCUGAGGUCAGACCGGGUCAGAAGGUCACCCUCACGCGGACGACCGUGGCUUCGGCCAAUCGCCCCGGCCCUACAUGGCCUCUGAGGGUGAGCCUCAACCCUUCAGAGGGUUACGAUAAUCUCGAUCUCGAUCUCGGCGAGGAGUUAAAUCAGCCUAAACCUCAGAGCAAAACCCACAUGACCAGAGAGCAGUUCCUCUCUGUCCCGCAACCCGACCUGAGGGAACAGCCGGACUUGGAACUCCGCGAAACCGGCGCUAAAAUGCGGAGUCCGUGGCCCAGCGCUCAGGAGAGGCUGGAGGAGAGACGCAGGGGCGGCAUUUGGAACUUACCUCCUCUCCCCAACGCCUCCGAGGCUCCCUCUACCACCGCCUCCUCCAGGAACACACUCCUUACCUUCUCCACCGUCACGACCACCAGCUUCCCAAACGCUGCCCCUACCAACGCCCCUGCCAACGCGUCUGCCAACGGUGUCUCCCAGACGACUACCUCCUUCAGUAGGCCUGGCGGCUACUGCAAUCAGGCCAUUGAAGGAGAGGAGAGCGAAGGUGGAGGAGUAUGGACAGUGGAGGGAGAUAGCAAGAACUCCAUCCACUCCAGUUCUCCCUCACCACCACAGGACCAGCCUCUUCCAGAACCCGAUGCUUCAGAUUCUCACUUCCCACUCCACGACGUCUCCCUCAGAGGUAACGUACAAGACUUAUAAAUGAAAUGUUCGCCUUUUAGUAGUUAUGUGUGGUAUUCGAGACG